ACACGAUACUAAUUAAUCAUUACAGAAGACGACGAUAACACAAUACGACAAAAAAAAUAAUGGCAAGCUUAUCCGCCGUGGCAGCUUCGCUUCGUUUCAAGGCAGUCAACAUGGCAAGCCCUAGGGCUCUUGUCCCCGUCACGACAAAACAGUUCCACCUGAAUUCGAGGAAUUAUGCCACCAUCAAUGACACCAAGAGGGCCGCUGAUUCUGCUCAUCAAAAGGUGGCGAAGAAGGCGGACGAAGGAGCAAAGACGAUAUCGGAAGCGGCGGAGAAUUUGAAGGAAAAGGCGAAGAACACGGCGGAGGAAGCUUGGGAUAAGGUGAAGGACACGACGGAGAAGAUCAAAGAUACGGUGGUCGGAAAAUCCGAAGACGCCAAAGAGUCCAUCAAAGCCACCGCCAAGACCGUCGAGCGAAGCAUGAACACCAAGAACAAGAACUGAAAUUAACCAAAUAAUAUAAUAAUUGAUUAAGGACAUCGAUAUUCUAUAAAAUUAGAGCUUAUGAUAUCUACAAUUAUUAAUAAUAUGGUCAUGAUGUGAAGGGUCUUUUGGUUAUGUUGUAUUGGGAAAUUUUGACAUUUUCCUAGGGAAGAAUAAUUUUGAUGAUUAUAUAUAUAUAUAUUAUGUUGGUUCAAAUAAGUUUAUUUGAUUUC